CGUGGGAGAGAGAACACGCGGACGCAGCUUCAUAAGGAACCACCUCCAGCCAACCAGGCAUUCAUUUAUUCAUUCAUCAUUCAUUCAUUCAUUCAGUGCCAGCUGAGCUCACUACAACCGGUAGUUUUUAGAUAGUCUUUCUACCGGGUCACUUCAUGGUUCGCUUCGAGGUCUUCGUUUUUUGCUUCACCUUUACACUCUGGCCGGUCUUUGUGCCUUUUAGCACGGCAGUACAGACGGACGUUAAAGUUGAAAAACUCUACUAACUGGCGCCAUCUUGUGACAGAAAUACAUCACUGUACCUGCUUAUUGUCAGUCCUCUGAUCAGUCAUGUGGAGAAGAUGAUCCUGCUCAUCAUCCUGCUGCUCAUCAUCCUGACCUCCUGUGUCUCUGGAAGAUUUGUAGUGAAUGUGACCCAGACCUCCUAUCAGGCAGAGGAGAACCACAACAUCACACUGGAGUGGACCUUCACAACCAACCCUCACAGUUCCUCCAACUCUCUGAAUAUCUUCUGUGAACUGAUAACUGUCCUCAAGAAUCCAGGCCUGUUUCAUCUCCAUGAAGGAGUUGAGGUCCCAGAGUCUCAGCAUGACCAGUUUGCAGGACGAGUCCAGUGGGACAAAGACGUCCUCAGAGAAGGACGACUCAGACUUCAUGUGUCCAGACUCAGGACUGAAGACUCGGGACUGUACAAAUGUGAUGUGCUCACAAGUUAUGGGAGGAGCUCUGGUAAAUGUUGGCUCAAUGUUACUGCCUGGACGACGGAGACGCCGUGGUAUCCCAAAAUCCUCCAGACUCCAGAUCCAAACGGUGAGUCGGCUGUUAAAGGUGAGAACACGGACCGACUCCGGGAAGACGGAAGGAAAACAUUAUCAGAAGACGCUGAGUCAUGCUUACUAGACCAUAUGCUUUUGUCCCGAUUCGAUUCUUUCACCAUACACAGGCGGCGAUUGGAUUUUCAUUUAUUGCGAUUCUAG